AUGACUCUGGAGGGGACGAGCGGCGGGGUGGCGGGGCGGAGUGGCGAUUCCCGUCCUGCAGAGCAAGGGUCUUGGAAGGACGAUCCGCUCGCCGAUCCCUUCCCGCCCAGUUUCGACGGCGCAUCCACCUGGCCGGACGCAUCCGACGAGCGCGGCGAGCCGGCGCUGGGCUCGCGCGGCGUCACCUUUGCUGACGAGUCGCCUUUGCCGGACCUCGACCGCCCGCCGCUGCCGACCUCGCCAGAGCGCUCUGAAGUUCUCCCGCAGUCGCGGCACGGCAAGAACCUGCGGCGGGCGCUGCGGUGCGGGCUGUGCACCGCCGUCUUCUGCUCGCUCGUCGGCUCCGUCCUCCUCCUCGAGGCUCUCCUCCUCGCGACAGACUCCGUCUCUGCCGGCGGAAGCAACGUGACGCUCGAGUACGCGCGCAAGUCGCUUCGCUCAAAGAUGGACAACGUGGUGGUGACGUCGGCGUGCUUCCUCUGCCUGCUCAUGCUCGCCGGCCACCAGCUGCGCCGCACCUCGCGCGCGCUCCACCUCCCCGCCUCGGUGCUGGGCGGCUUCGUCGGCUGGGUCUUCUUUGCCUGCGUCGACUUGGUCGCCCCUCCGGGCACCUCCCUCAUGGAGGACUGGUUCUCGGAGCACCUCAUCUACGGCGUCCUCGUCGUCUUUGGCCAGUACGCCGUCUCGGCGGCACUCACCGCCUCGUACGGCGCCUCCCUACCCCCCUCCUUCGCCGCGGUGAUGCCGUACGCCGGCGGCCCCGUCGUCGCCUACGCCAUGAAGGACCUCUUCUAA